ACGGUUUGAGAUUGUUCCAUCCUGGUUUAAGGAGACUCUUGAAAAGUCAUCUUUUGCAGCUCCUUAUGAGUAUGCCAUAGAAACAGCAAAACAGAAAGCUCUCGAAGUAGCAAACAGAAUGCAUGUAAAACACCUUAGAACUCCUGAUAUUGUUAUAGGAGCAGACACUAUUGUGACUGUGGAUGAGCAGAUCCUGGAGAAACCAGUUGAUAAGCAAGAUGCAUAUAGGAUGCUGUCAAGGUUGAGUGGGAAAGAACACAGUGUUUUCACAGGAGUGGCUAUAAUACAUUGCAGCAGUAAAGAUAAUCAGCUGGAGAUGGAAGUCACUGAUUUCUACGAAGAGACUAAAGUGAAAUUUUCUGACCUGUCUGAAGAGCUUUUAUGGGAAUACAUUCAUAGUGGGGAGCCAAUGGACAAAGCUGGUGGUUAUGGAAUCCAGGCCCUCGGUGGAAUGCUAGUAGAGUAUGUCCAUGGAGACUUCUUGAAUGUGGUGGGAUUUCCUCUGAAUCACUUCUGCAAAAAGCUAGUAGAGUUGUACUGUCCGCCUCCUAAACAUAGCAUACAACAUACAAAGCAUGACUCUAUCCCUUCUGUGGACACUUUUGAGAACCUAAGUGAUGGGGAAAGUGAAUCUUCACAUUCUGCAGGGCAUAAAGGUGCUAACAAGUUGGACAAUAGUAGCACACAUCCUUCAGGGCCUGUAUACAAUUCAGAAGACUGUUACUGUGUCAAAACUGGUUUUGUGGUGCCCUCGGAAAAUCAGAAUGGAGUGCUGGAAAAUGCAGCAAAAGUUCCGUCUACAAUUCUAGAGCUGAUGGAUGGUUUUAAAGCUUCAAAGGCUCUGUUUGUAGCUUCUAAGCUAAAAGUGUUUGAUCACCUGAAAGAGAAGGGUUCACUAAAUGCUGCGGAUAUUGCAAAUGAGAUGGGAGCUUCCUUGUGUGGGACAGAAAGACUCCUUGAUGCAUGUGCUGCCCUUGGAUUGCUGAAGAAAACACCUCAGGGUUACAGUAAUACAGAUGCAACAAAUACCUAUCUGACUUCAGAUGGUAAAUACUCCCUUCAUGGCUACAUUAUGCACUCUAAUGACUACACUUGGCCUCUCUUCGCAAACCUGGAAUUUGCUGUCAAAGAAGGAACCAGGCAGAACCAUCGAGCCUUUGGAAAGAAAAUGGAGGAUUUAUUUAAGGAGUACUAUCAAAACCAGGAGGUGAAGCAGCGCUUUAUGGCUGCCAUGCACAGCAUUGCCCACCUGACAGCAAGAGAUGUGGCUACUGCAUUUGAUCUUUCACAGUUUAAGUCUGCCUGUGAUUUAGGAGGCUGUACUGGGGCUUUGGCUCAUGAAUUAGUACAAAUAUACCCAGAUAUGAAGGUUACCAUAUUUGAUCUUCCAGAAGUCAUUGCAAAUAGCUCUUCCUUUCAGUCCUCAGGAAAAUGCACAGCUCCAGUGACAUUUGUAUCAGGUGACUUCUUCGAGGAUAACCUUCCAGAAGUAGAUCUUUACAUUCUUUCACGUGUCCUUCAUGAUUGGCCUGAUGAAAAAAUUCAUAUGCUGUUAAGCAAAAUAUCAUCUGUUUGCAAACCAGGAAAUGGCUUGCUAGUGGCAGAAAUUGUGCUUGAUGAACAGAAGAUGCAUCCUCCUAGAGCUGUCCUACAGUCCCUCAGUAUGACUGAAGGCAGGCAGAGAAGUGGCUCAGAAUAUAAACAACUCCUGGAGAAAUUUCGAUUCACGAAUGUACAAAUUAAGAUGACAGGAAACUUGCUAGAUGCUGUCCUGUGCUUCAGGAAGAGUCAGUCAUCUUAGUGUGCACAGACACUAAGAACCUGGGACACUAAGCUUUUAUAACA